GAGUAUUAGCAUGAAAAGUGUCCUAUUUUAUGUAAAAUUCAUUCCACGAGUGAAAUAAUGCCCAUUUGGCCCCCGAUUUACUCUCAAAUGCUCGAAAAAUGGAAAAAUUAAGAUCUAUGUAAGAAAAUGUGGGCAAAAAUUGAGAUUUGUCCAGAUAUUGAUAUAAAUGAACUAGUUUGGUCAGAUUUUGGUUAAAAAAGAGCAUUUCAUUGAAAUUUUGCUGCAAAAAUUGAUAAAAACCCAAAAAAAUCACAUUUUCACUGUGUUGGGUGUAUUUUUAAAAAAAAAUGCACAUUUACACUCUAUAUUUUGCCCAUCUAUACUUUUCAGAGAGGACAUUUGGUAUAUUUCGAAGUGUUAGUGUGUAAUUUGCUUGCAAAGUAUGGUGAAAAUUUAUGAAAUAGGGCAAAAACCAGCUCUGGCUAGAAGAACUGGUUAAAAAUUAUGUCGCGACAUCAAUUUUGAAGGAAAAUUGACGCAGGGACCCGCAUUACUGAAAUUGCCAUAAAACCUGGAAAACUGAUUUAAUCAAGCUGAAACUUGAUGAAAGUGACCAUUUUAACAUCAUGGAUCUCCAGAUAUUACCACUUAUUAAUGGAACAGGAUCUAUUCCUACCAUAGGGCUUGGAACAUUUGUGUUUGAACAGGGCAAACCGGAGAAGGGUGAGGCUGCUACAAGCGCAGCUGUGGACGCCAGAUACCGCCAUUUCGACUGCGCAUGGAAUUAUGGGACACAGGAAUGUGUAGGAAGAGCACUGGAAAAGAAAAUAAAGGAUGGUAUCAUUGAACGAAAAGAUAUCUUUAUCACAACAAAGUUAUGGAAUACACAUCAUAACCCAAAACUUGUGAUGGAAGAACUGAAAGAUUCCUUGAAAAAGCUGCAAACAGAUUAUGUUGACAUGUUUCUUAUCCACUGGCCAAUGGGACUACAGGAUCAGGAUUUUAGCAGGAAUGUUAUUUCACCAAAAGACAAGAAUGGGAAGCAACUGUGUGCAUGCUAUCCACUGGAAGACAUUUGGAAGGAGAUGGAAAGGUGCCAACAUGCUGGAAUGACCAGAAAUAUUGGUUUAUCUAACUUCAAUAGCAAACAGACUGAAAGAAUGUUUGAGUGUUGUACUAUCAAACCUACAAACAUGCAGAUUGAAAUAUGGCCAUAUUUUUCAAACAAACGUUUGACAAAGUUUUGCAAAGACAAGGGGAUGGUUGUAACUGCCUAUGCACCAUUUGGAUGUCCGUCACGACCUUGGAAAGAGGCAGAAGAACCAUGUCCAUUUGAAGAUCCUGUUCUCCUAGAAAUUGCAGAACGCAAAGGGAAAUCAGUAGCUCAGGUGAUAAUUAGAUUUCAUCUACAGAAUGGAAUUUCCAUGGUUCCAAAAAGCGUUACACCAUCUAGAAUUAAAGAAAAUAUCAAUGUCUUUGAUUUCGAGUUGUCUGAAGAAGAUAUGGAGAAAAUAAAAGCUUUAGAUAGAAAUCUCAGAGUAUUUAAGGAACUGACGGACCAUUUCAAUAUGGAUCUUCAGACUUUACCGCUGACUAACGGAACUGGGUCUAUUCCUACCAUAGGACUCGGGACAUUUACAGUCUUUGGACAACGGGGCAAACCCGAGGAGGUCGAGGCAGCAACAAGUGCAGCUGUUGACGCCGGAUACCGCCAUUUCGAUUGCGCAUGGAAUUAUGGGACACAAGAAGGUAUUGGAAGAGCACUGGAAAAGAAAAUAAAGGAUGGUGUCAUUGAACGAAAAGAUAUAUUUAUCACUACAAAGUUAUGGGACACACACCAUAACCCGAAACUUGUCAUGGAGGAACUUAAAGACUCCCUGAAGAAACUGCGAACAGAUUAUGUCGACAUGUUCCUUAUUCACUGGCCUACAGCGCUGCAAGAUCAGGAUUUUAGCGGAGAUAAAAUCGCACCAGCAGACGAGAAUGGGAAAGUACUGUGGGCGUGUUAUCCGCUAGAAGAUAUUUGGAAAGAGAUGGAGAAGUGUCAGCAUGCUGGAAUGGCAAGAAAUAUUGGUAUAUCUAACUUCAACAGCAAACAGACGGACAGAAUCUUUAAAUGUUGUACCAUCAAACCAACAAACAUGCAGAUUGAAAUAUCACCGUAUUUUGCAAAUGAACGUUUGACAAAGUUUUGCCAGGAGAAGGGGAUGGUUGUCACGGCGUACGCGCCUCUAGGAGCUCCCUCACGACCAUGGAGAGAGUCGGGAGAACCAAGUCCAUUUGAAGAUCCUGUUCUCACAGAAAUUGCAACACGCAAGGGGAAAUCCGUCGCCCAGGUAAUAAUAAGAUUCCAUCUUCAGAAUGGAAUUUCCGUGGUUCCGAAGAGUAUAACACCAUCUAGAAUUAAAGAAAAUAUUGAUGUUUUUGAUUUCGAACUGUCUGAAGAAGAUAUGAAGAAAAUAAAAGACUUAGACAGGAAUCUCAGGGUUUAUAAAGAACCUAUAGCUAUUGGGCAUCCAGAAUAUCCAUUUGACGAACCGUUUUGAUAUGUGGCAAAUGCUGGCUGCGGAUCUGUGGAUUUUAAUUUCACCAUAGAUGUGCGACAUAACAUAGAGAAUCGACUUUCAUGCUGGAAUGUACUCACAAAGCAGAAUAAAAUAUUUUAUCACA